GGUCUUGUGACUUUUUAGUAAUAUCCUUUCCAUCAGUGCUCUCCACGGACAACCUGGAUCGAAAUCUGUCAAGACAGAAGAGCAGAGUUCUCCUUGAAGAGAUUUCGUCCUCAGAGUUCAUCAGUGAGUGCUUUUUGUCCGGUGAUUGUCAACGAUGGCUGUCCGUUCUAUGACAAACUUUUUCUGUCUAGUCUCAGUUCUUUUGCCAUUGCUGAGCUGUGCAUCUUUAGAGACUCAAGAAAAAGAAGUGGAAGACCCGGACCUUUACAGGACUGCGACUGAACUGAUCAAGGACAGAGGCUAUCCGGUGGAAAAUCAUUUUGUUACAACUCAAGAUGGUUUCAUUCUCAACAUGCAACGGAUUCCGCAUGGACGAAAGAAGAAUCGCAGUCCAUCUCCCAAACCGGUUGUCUUCCUUCAGCAUGGAUUUACCAUGGAUAGUACCAACUGGAUACUAAACGGACGCUCAGAGAGUCUGGCCUACCUCCUUGCAGACAGGGGCUUUGACGUAUGGCUUGGAAACAUCCGAGGCAACAGAUAUUCACAGAAGCAUGUAAAACUGGAUCCGAGUGAUCAAGAAUUCUGGGACUGGAGCUGGCAAGAGAUGGCUAAAUACGAUCUUCCUGCCAUGAUAAACUAUGCGCUAAAUGUGAGUGGACAGGCUCAGCUGUUUUAUGUGGGUCAUUCCCAGGGAACUCUGAUUGGCUUCACAGGCUUCUCGAGUAAUUCCCAGUUGGCAAGUAAAGUGAAGAUGUUCUUCGCCCUGGCUCCGGUCUACACUGUUGGGUACGUCUCUGAGCUUAUUCGCACGGCUGCUUACGCCUUGUAUCCAGUUUUGCAUGUAUACCAAAGCUAUCGCAGUGGAAAGAUGUUAACAAAUAACCUGGUUCAUAAGCUAACUGAGAAGUCGGUGUGCGGCGGAGAGUUUUCAGAAAAGAUCUGUUAUGACGUUGGAGAAGAGCUGUUUGGAUUUGACAGCGCCAACAUAAACAUGUCCAGAGUGCCUGUUAUUUUGUCUCACUGGGGAUCAGGAACGUCUUAUAAGAACCUCAUUCACUUUGGUCAGAUGGUGUUGUCAAAGAAAUGUGCCAAGUACGAUUAUGGAUUCUUCUCCAAUUAUAGAACUUACGGCCAGCUUGAAGCUCCAGAGUAUCACGUAGAAGACAUGAAGACUCCAGCCGCGCUCUUCUCGGGCUCAAAUGACAAACUUGCCAGCCCGACCGAUGUGCGACUUCUAAAAGACCGGAUAACCAACCUAAAAUACUUCAAAGAGAUUCAAGGCUGGAAUCACGCUGACUUUUUAUUUGGAAAUAAUGCACCUGAGCUUCUGUAUUCAAAACUUAUUAACAUGAUGGAAACCGACUUGACACUGGGAACAAAGUUAGCUGAGUUUGAACUAUUUGAUGACAAAUGAACCAGUUGAAUUGAUUGAUGACUAAAUUUCUGCUUUGCACAACAACAGAUAUCAUUUCUGAGGGGAAUACUUGCUUAGGGAUUUUUGAAAAUUGAUCUUGUAUUUAUCAAAUAUUCAGCUUUUUAGUUUGCUUCAGGUUUUGUCAACUAGUGUCUGUGCUUUCAAUUUGAAGCUCACAUCAUCCUUGACAGACUAUUAACGUGUCGUUUGUCUCUUUAUCUAUCUGUAUCGUUUUGUUCGACUCUCAAAUUUUUUUUGGGUUGUCUUGUCAGUACAUUAUAGCUUUUCUUCGCUAGAGAUUUCUUUAAUCAAGUAGUGAAUAAAAAAUGUUUAUUACGAAACCAUA